GCAUCAGAGCUCUGGUCACUCGACAACUGCACUUUCUGUAUCUAGAAUUAAUGUCUCUCACGGUUUAUUUACCAGUCGUUUUUCUUGUAGCACUAGUGCCAUCCAGCGCUGCCACUUGCACUACUAGCAGUUUGCCACCGCACGGUGGACUCAGAUUCAUUGGAACUGGAUACAACUUACUGGAUGGCAACCCACAAGGUGUGCACAGUCUGGGCGGCAUUGACCCAGGAUUUCGAGACACAUAUCGUGUUCUUCAACUAACUUAUGAUCAACAGAAGAUAUCACGAGACAGGCAGCACUCUGUAGCAGAUCAAGUUAACACCAACGAACGGUUGAGCUGCAGUUCUUCUCACGAAAGAAGAGCGUACACGGGAGUGAAAGGUUAUCAAAGCGAUUUAUCGCGUUCUGUCGACGCGAGCGCAUCGGCAUCAUUUGCAGGUCUGGUCAAAUUCUCAUUUACUGAGAGUUACGGGUACAAAAGCAUGUUACGAGAGUCUCAGAGUGAAAGAAAAGUGUACAUGGAAAAAUCACGAAUUUGCAAUCUUGGUAGUGUACGGUAUCAAACUGAACUCGCUCAAUGCCCGAUCUCGACUGCCUCCCGGACUUCCCAGUCAGUAGAGAGAGAAAUGAGUACACCCAAAUUUCAACUAUCUCCAGAAUUCGAAGCUGCAGUUCACGCGUUGCCCAUAGCCUCAGCAACCACUAGUACUGCCUCCGACGCAUCAUACUUCUCUUUCUUGGACACUUGGGGUACUCACGUUAUCACAGAAAUCGUUCUGGGAAGCAAGUACACUGAACAGUAUGAGAUGACAAGUGACAAAGCAUUUAAAUACUCGUUAGAGCAUGAUGCUAUGGGAAUUACAACAUCUGCAUCUGUUCUAUCAGCACACGGGUCUGUAUCACUAGAUAUCAACAGUUUGGUUCAAAGCGAAUCAUUUGUGUCUACAUUUACAUCAUCUAAAAAGGUGAUCCACACUGGAAGCAGCGUCUAUUGGGACACAACGAGCAACAAGUGGAUCAUUCCAACUCCAAUUAGACACGAACCCAUCAAAAUCACAUUAACUCCAAUCACCGAGUUUCUGUCAUGUCGCUACACUGUAGAUUCACGAGUGCUUGCCCAUAAGAGUGCACUUGCCCGUGCUCUCACCGCUUAUCCGUCCUAUAAAAACUCUCAAGCACCACCUGAUGACUCCUUGUUGACUCUCCCUGUUGCUUGGCCUAGAGGCACAUAUGGGUUGGUCAGACCCACUAGUGGUUGCCCAGAAGGCACUAAUUCAAGAUGGGAAUUUGGUUGGAGAAAACACGACACAGAAGAUGGUGACUCGAGCAAUGAGUGGAGUAGUUCAUACAGCUUAUCUGGUUGGAAAGCAAAAAAUGAUAUGCAAUGGGAGUUCUGUAUAAAAGUGUCAAAUGGUGAAAACAAAGUCAAUUAUCAGUGGCCUAAAGGCACGUACUGCAUUCUUAAAAAGGACUUUUGUCCAGACAACUUUGAUGGCAGUGAGAUUUACUGGGAUGAUGAAGACAGUGGAAAUGCCAAUCAACUAGGAGGCACUCUACCAGAUGGAACCUAUGAUCGCAACACAAGAAUGCACUUCUGCUGCAGACAAGAUGGAAGUACUGCAAAACGGAUCAUUUUACCGACUAAGAAACCAUUCAUUCUGGUGGCAGCUACUCAUAAUUGUCAAAAGGUCUAUAAAAUGCAUGUAUCACAUCAGUACUUUAAAUGGGACAAUGAAGACUCCCGCAAUAAGGACAGUACUAGUCACCAUGGAUCAUUUCCACAUGAAGAUGGAGGUACUAAGAAUCACAAAUUGCACUUUUGCUACUACUACAAGUACAACGCUAAAUGACUGAUUUCUGAAUCAACGCUUUCAAAAAAAGCGGAACUGCAACUUUCCUGCAAGGUUUCUCAUUGUUUAAUUGUUCGACUACUUAUAUAGUGAUUACUGAACUGUUUCUUGCUGACUAGCUGUGUCAUUGUUGCUUCUUGCUUCUUGCUUGCUGAUUUCUUAAUUGUCAGUAUCAUAAUUGCAGUUACAAAACAAUGUUGUGAGAUUGAA